AUGGAUAAUACGAGUCUUAAUGACACUGAUCAUUUAAAUGAAUCAACUUAUAUCAGCUCAUCUUUCAAUAUCGGCAAGGAAGACAGCACGUGGAUCGUGACAAAUUCCUUUAUUAUAUUUACGAUGCAAACGGGAUUCGGAAUGCUGGAGUCUGGGUGCGUUUCUUUGAAGAAUGAAGUGAAUAUAAUGAUGAAAAACGUCGUUGAUAUUUCUCUUGGUGGCCUGACUUAUUGGAUAUUCGGUUUCGCGCUGAGUUUCGGAUACGAGCCGCCUACUAAUCAGUUUAUUGGCACCAGCGGAUUUUUCAUUGAUCCCACUGUUGAUGAUGAACUUAUGGGUCCUAUUUGUGCGGCUUUUAUAUUUCAGCUGAGCUUUGCUACUACUUCUACGACAAUUGUCAGUGGAGCUAUGGCUGAACGAUGUAAUUUCAAAGCAUACUGUCUAUUUUCUUUUUUAAAUACCAUCGUGUAUUGUAUACCAGCCGGGUGGGUAUGGGGUGAUCACGGGUUCUUAAAAAAACUUGGAGUAGUUGACAUCGCAGGCUCAGGUCCAGUUCAUUUGGUCGGUGGGAUUUCAGCUCUCGCUUGCGCAAUAAUGUUGGGACCUCGUCUCGGUCGCUACGAUUACGGCCUGGACCCAUUACCUCUAGGAUCUCCAGUAAACGCAAUCCUCGGACUGUUCGUGCUCUGGUGGGGCUGGUUGGCAUUCAACAGCGGAAGUACUUACGGGGUUGCCAAUGAUAAAUGGAAGUACGCAGCACGUGCUGCUGUUUCAACGGUGAUGGCCAGCAUCGGUGGUGGGUUAGUUGGUCUAAUUUUCAGCUUGGCUAGUUCUCGGGGCAUAGAUAUCCUCAGCCAAAUAAAUGGAAUCCUCGGAGCACUUGUCGCUAUCACAGGAGGAUGUUUUUUGUACAGAGCAUGGGAAGCGAUUAUUAUUGGGAGUAUCGGCGGUUUUAUUACAUGUUUUACUAUGCCUCUAUUUGAUAAAAUGAGAAUUGAUGAUCCUGUUGGUGCUUCAGCUACUCACGGAGUUACAGGUAUGUGGGGAGUCGUUGCAAUAGGUCUAUUUGCUGAUAAUCCAUGGCCACUGAACACCACCGGUGGUAGAAGCGGACUAUUUAAAGGUGGUGGUUGGUAUUUACUGGGAGUUCAAAGUUUAGCGGUCGCAUGUCUAGCAACGUGGGCAUUUUGUUCAUCUAUUGUACUGCUGUGGAUUGUUAAUAAAAUAAUACCUCUGAGGAUGACGAUGCAAGAAGAACUGCUGGGUGCUGAUUUAGUUGAACAUAGAGUCAAACAUUCAAAGAUUGGAGUGAGUAGAGCUAUGUCAGCAUUAAGACCUUUUACAGGCGACAAAAAAUUAAAUGAUAUUUUAGACAUCGGUAUUAAUCCAGGACAUGAUUAUUUUGUUAAUAAAUAUCGUAAAUCAAAGCGUGUUAAUAAUUUAAUUAGAAUGAUGAAUAGAAAAAAAUCUAUUAAAUCACCAUUGCCAAUUAAUCAAACACCAGUCAUUAAUACUCUGGCUUGGAUUAAUUAA